UGCAGGUGACUUGACUUAAAUUACGACCAUUAUUGCAAAUUUCAGAGAUAAAAAUCAAAAUCAAUCAAUAUUCGUAAAAGCAUUAUUUUUUAACGUGUAUCUUCUCCACGCGUUAUCUUAGUAAAAAGAUCAUAAUGUAAAAAGGUCCCCCUUCUACAUUAUAACAGUAAUAUUUCGCUGAUGGACAGUCGCAGUACAUACCGGAAACUAACGAGUUAACGGAUAUUCACGAUGUGCGUCGCAAAAGCAAACGCAUCAAAGAUGCUUGUAACCCUGUUCAUAAUAAUUCUUCGUUAUUGCCGUGUAAAAUGUCAAAUGGAGAAAAGUAUAAUUUGGGACAGGAACCAACAAGAUUUCGUUCAACUGUACAAUGAUUCAAGAUUCCGCGAUUUCCGAAGACAAACGAUUUCCACGAGGCAAGAUUUACAUAUGAAAGAUAUCAAUGGAAAAGUUCUGAGAGCUUCUUACUACGAGGAACAGGACUUAGUUAUGUUUUAUGAGAACGACACGAAGGUGACUGGAAUCUGCGGCGAUAUAUGGAACCUGCUCGCAUGUCAUCUCAACUUCACGUUGAUACCAGUGAAAUACGGGGAACAUCACUUCGGAGAACACUUGGAAAACGGAAGCUACAGCGGUGUGAUGGGGUUGCUCGAUCGAAAUGAAACGCAAGUGAUUUUGCGAACAGGAUAUUAUGCUCUCCGCACGAAUCUAUUCGACUAUACCGUACCCGUUUGGAAUACCAAGUACCGAUUGUAUAUAAGGUCAAAAUACGCAUACGACAACAAGUGGCUGUUGAGCAUGUUCACACGCGAAACUCUGUGCACUCACAUCUUUCUAAUCCUGAUAUUUGCUGUCGCUGGUUACAUUUUUCAAUAUGGAUCACGCAAAAAUCGCAAAAGAAAUAAACAAUCAAAGUCAAGGAGUGGAUACUUCAAUUUCGCCGAUCAUAUCUUUUACACAUAUUCUAUAAUGUGCUGUCAAGGAUAUCUUCCGCGAGGUUUUUGCGAUCAAAGCAAGAUAUUAUCCACAUCGAAAUUUUUAUUCGCUUGGUUGAUGCUGUUGGUUUUCAGCUCUAGUCUCAUUUAUCGAAUGACAAAUCGGACUAUGACACCACCGUUUGUCGAUUUUGAUACGUUGUUGAAGCAAUCGAAAUACAACGUUCUAAUUUUCGAAGGAUCUACAAUCUACGAACUCAUGAAGAAUGCCAUUCAUUUGCCAAUGUACGAGAGUUACAAAUUAUCGGAACGUAUCUUCUUUGAGAAAAAUUUAAGUUUCAUAUACAAGGAAGUUUGUUUUGACAAAAGAUUAAUCGCCACUUUAGAGAACGAAAACGAAGCAUAUUCAAGAAGCAAAGAUUUCUGUCCGAUCGUACCAGUGGGAAAAAGUUAUUUUCAAACUUGGAUUGGAUUUGGUGUACCAAAACAUUUUCCGUACAAACGUUCCAUCGACACGUCAAUAAUAAAAUUACACGAAGUUGGCCUAAUAGAUAUCUUAAAAGAUCGCUGGAUGAAAUAUCGCAGAAAUAAUAUAGCAAAGAGUCCUUUCAAAAGAAUCGACAUAAAUCAAGUUUAUCUAAUUUUUGAGAUACUUUUUAUUGGUAUUGUUCUUUCCCUCAUAAUACUUUCAUUAGAAAAUCUAAUAUUCUUUUGUAGAAAGGAGCUUACCUAAUUACUGUUGUAGCUAUGAUAAAUGGUAAUAAAUGAAAUAUGAUAAUAUAACA